AUCUCCUCCCAGACAGCAAUGUGUCACUGCAUCGCGAUCCAAGGGAAACGAGAUCUCGAAGCCAGUGUGUGACCAUGAAGCUCAUCAUAUCUGGAGCGACCGGAUUCGUCGCGACGGAGCUGAUCCGCCAAUGCCUGAACAACCCGAGCAUAACUACGGUGGUUGCCUUGGCUCGUCGCCCUAUCACGGUCCCCGACAACCUGGGGCCCGGAGCGGACACGGCCAAGUUGAAGAGCGUGGUGCUUGAAGACUUUGCAAAGUACCCGGACGAUGUGAAGGAGCAAUUGGAGGGGGCAGACGCCUGUAUUUGGACCCUCGCGAUCACGCCCAGCAAGUCCAAAACCAUGCCGUGGGACGAGGUCUAUCGAGUUUGCCACGAGUAUACCAUGGCUGGUCUCGAAGCAAUAUUUGAAGCCCGCAACCCCGCAAGCAAAUCGACGCCCUGCCGUUUCCUGUACAUGAGCGGCAUGGCUGCGGAACGAGACCAGACAAAAACACCCACAUUCAUGCCCAAAUAUUGCUUGAUGCGCGGCGAGACCGAGAAUCAAGUCCUGGCCUUCGCGUCUUCCCACCCGGGCGAGAUCGAGGCCACCGUAGCGAAACCAGGACUGAUUACACAACCAGGGAGUAUCUUUCACUGGCUAAGAGCCACCUUACUCUGGUUCGUGGCCUCGUUGCCUAGCGUGACCGUUGUGGACGUCUCGGCUGCCAUGUUGGACCAAGUACUCAACGGAUUUGAGAAGGACCCAUUGCAGAAUCAGGACUUGGUCAGAAUUGGUCAACGCGUGCUGGGCGAGAAGAGUAGUUGAGGUUCAUUCUGGGCUUUCAUCGCAGACGGGGUCUAUCCAACCGACAAUGUGGAGUGGCACGCAGAGCGUUGGGGCAUGGCGGAAGUACUGAAGCGUUGCAUUUCAACGCUCUUGAUUUGGCAUGUGGUGUAGAGCCAGGAACGAAUGCAAGCCGGAGGAAAAGUCGCAUAACCGGAG